GUCCCCGGUGGCGUUGACGAAAAGCUGAAUGUCAAGUUUCAAAGGUUCCGAGAAAAGAAGCAGAUCUCGGCGCUCGGUCUUUUAGUGUUUCAACGGUGAGAACAGAUAGUCUCUCUGGCCUCAUGUUGGUUUCCUUGAUCACACAAUGGAAAGCAUAAUGCCAUGCUGCUGUCAAUCUGCCCUUAAUUUCCGGGUCUCAAGCCCUGGAGAUGCCCUCUGAUCUCAUUGUGAACCGCUCGAAUUCACAAUACGUUUACGGGCGUUGCAGGCGACCGGCCUUGUCCAUUCGGCUGACCGUGGGCGUCUAUUAGAUGCUUUUGUUAUCCUUUUUUGAGGUUGUUCUCUCGGAAGUCACAGGAUGUCAGCGUGGAUUUGUCCCAAAAUGACCUUGUGUUGAUAUUUUAGAAUAUAAAGACGCGGUCAUUCAAGCUUUGCUAUUAUCACCGGACCUACGAACGCAGACAUGUCGCGACGACCUACAAACUAUUAUGCGAUGCCUCGGUCUUCUACACCAGGAAGGCCUCCCCCACAACAGCAGCAGAUGAACUACGCGCCACUGCACUCUCCUCCUCCUGGACAGGCUUCGAUGCAGCCUUCCUAUAAUCACUCCCAUUCAUCCGGUAGUGGAGACUCAGGUGACGAGGAUUCGACAGAGAUAUACAAUAGAGGUAUCCAUGUCUAUUUCCAGAUCGCUUCCUUCGAAGCCUCCAGCGAAUACUUGGCCAAUCCGAAGACUGCGCUUGGACCGCUUGUUUCUACCCUAAGAAGUCAUGGUAGCUGGCUCGAUGUUCUUCAUUAUGGUAUAGAAAUCGAGAACCCUAACCGCGGGUUUAUUAUGAUCGCAUGGCCCGAUCCUGAUGCCGCCUUGCGAACCAAUGACUACAACAGCGUUCUCAGGAUAGCCGUCAGGCGCAACACUAUUAAGAAAGAAUAUUGGCUUGAGGCUGAUACCUACCUCUGGGGCGUUCUAUCGGCGCCGACCGUGUCUUUCUCUGUUGUAAAGCGCAGAAGAGGCGAGUCAAGGAGGCUCAUUGAAAGCACCGCGGUAUGGUCGAGUGACGUUCGGCGGUGCCCAGGAUACCGAGACCACUGGUUCCAGUCAAACAUUCUGUCCGAAGAAGGAAGAGAAUUUAUCGUCAUGAUCGGAUGGGAUGGCAUUCGGGCCCAUCAAGAUUCAAGAUAUAUGCCUGCGUAUCAAGAAUACUACAGAUCUGUUGAGGACUUGGGUUCUGUGGACACGAUACAUGUAAGGUUGACGAGGUACUCGGUCUAUAUUGACUAAGGAGGAAUUGUUGUCCCGGUGCUGCGUUAUCCUAAGUUUUAGGGCGGAAUAUUCCCUAUAUAUGUCCCUUCUUUCUCUCUUUUGUGGCUCCCUGAGUCAGUCGACGUACACGCUAAUACAUACUGUGAUCUGCCGAGCUGUCCUCUGCCUCUUCCAGGAUGAUUCUUCCGGUUGUAAGUAUAGCCCAUUGAGAGUUGCUACACAAUAUGGCACCACUAACAUACACAUGCUUAAAUU